UUUAAGUUGUUUGGGCUAGAGAACAUGGAUCUCCAAAUCGGUUGCCCAAUCCCUCCAACAACCUUUUUCGCGGUCAGUAGUGAUUCAGUAGUGAUUCAGUUCGUCAGAAGUUUUUGCAUGCCGCCCGCCUGUGCAUUUUAGAAAGUAGCAAAUUAUUAUUAGCACUUGUUAAGUCAUAGUGCAGCUUAAUUUAUAUUAACUAUUCAUAUUGAAAUGGAAGGUUCUUACAAAAAAAAUGUACUUCAGUCAUUCAUCAUCGAUUCGAACGAAGCUCUAGAUUUUAAGUUAGUUCGAGAACCUUCUGAUGUUGAUAAUGAUGAAACUACCUUCAAACCAGAAAUGUCUCAUCAAAUUUUUGGAGAAAAUGAAAGCAUAUUUGGUUACCAGAACCUCAAAAUUAGCUUGUACUACACUGCAGGAAAACUAAACACAUACCUUGGAAUGAAUUACAGUAAAAAAGUUGAUCCCAAGCAAUUUGAAGGAGCUACAGCUGAUGAUGUAAUGGGAGCCAUCACUCCUAAACUUCCACCUGGUUACAUGACUAACCUUGAUGACUUUCUCGUAACCCUAAACAAAGAACAAAGCUUCAAACCUCCUGGUGAACUUCUUUCAACAUACUCUAUAAACAAAGGUUCGGCCGCAGAAAAGAAUUUUGAAUUGUACAGUUGUACGAUAGAAGAACCUAGUUUUCGAUCAUACCACGAGCGAUUGCAAACUUUCCUCUUGUGGUAUGUGGAUGCAGCUAGCUUUAUCGACGUUGAUGAUGACCGCUGGCGCUUUUACUUAAUAUUCGAAAAAUAUCCUUGUGAUGGAAGUCAUCGAUAUGCUCUGUGUGGAUAUGCCACAGUUUACCUUUAUUUUGCUUAUCCUAAUAAAACUCGGCCUCGCAUCAGCCAGUUCUUAGUUUUGCCACCUUUUCAACGCGUAGGUCUUGGAGCAGAACUUCUAAACACCAUUUAUCGUUCAUUUCUUAAGGAUUCCAACAUACUUGACAUCACAGUUGAAGAUCCUUCGGAAGAAUUCACUCGUCUUCGUGAUUUUGUCGACGCUCAAAAUAGCAAAAAACUAUCGUCUUAUUCUAAAGAAAAACUUCAACAAGGAUUUAAUGCUGAGAUGGUGGAAGAUGCUCAACGAGAGCUUAAAAUCAACAAAAAACAAGCAAGGCGUGUUUAUGAAAUCCUUCGUUUCGAGGCAACCAACCUAGCGGAUGUCGAAGAAUAUCGUGCCUAUCGCUUAGACGUAAAGCGUCGCUUGAAUAUUCCCUAUCAGAAAGAAGCAUCAGAUUACAAGAAAUUACAAAAGGCCCUCAAUGCAGAGGAACUUCGCUCUACCCUAUCUACUUCAACUAAGGAACAACGGAUUGAAAACCUGGACAAGCAAUAUCAAAUGCUAGAAAAUGAGUACAGGUAA